AUGUCCCAUUGUCCUAUCUACCUAACCCUUAUUUUUGUAUUCCUUCCCAGCCUGUUGGUCAUGUGUCUAGAGGAUACUAAGCUCAUUGUGGGCUUCCAAGCUCCUUGGAACAUCUCCAAUUCUUUUAGUGCCCAGAGGCUGGGUGCUGCCAUCCAGAUCGCCAUGGAGAAGGUGAAUUCUGACCCAGUUUACUUGGGUAACUAUACCAUGGAGUUCACUAACACCAACUCAGCUUGUAGUGCCAAAGAAUCUCUUGAUGCUUUUAUCAAGCAAGUCCAGAAAGAAAGGAUUUCUGCCCUCUUUGGACCAGUAUGCCCAGGAGCAGCAGAGGUAACUGGCUUGUUGGCUUCACAAUGGAACAUUCCCAUGUUUGGAUUUGUCAGGCAAACAACUAGACUGGAGAACAGAUUCUUGUAUGAUACCUACAUGAAUCUUGCAACACCUGUUCAGAAAAUGGGGGAAGUACUCCAGGCAGUUCUCCUCUAUUUUGGCUGGAAACACAUUGGGUUAUUUGGAGAAGCCUCAAGUGAUUCCUCUCGGCAUGAACUUGAUGAGUUGUGGACAACUGUGGAAAACCAGCUCAAAUCUCAUUUUGUCAUCACUACGCAAGUCAGAUGUACCAGCAGCAACCAAACUCUCCUGAAGGAGAAUCUCCAGCAUGGAACAUCUUCUGCCAGAAUUAUCAUUUUAAUCUGCAACAUAGCUGAUGCCUGGACUAUUCUUCUGGCCACAGAGACACUGGGACUAGCCCCUGGAAAAUUUGUCUUCAUCAUUUUGCAGCAGUUAGAGGAUGAUUUUUGGAAAGAAGUGUUGACUCAUCAGAAGAAUGAUCAACUCCCCAAAGCCUUUGACUCUAUGUUUCUCAUAGCCAUCACUUCCUUUGAUGAACAUUCCAAAGACCAUGAUUUCAUGAAGGAGGUCUACGAAAAGCUGAAGGGGAAGCCCUUUCUCAGUUCCCUUUCAUCAGUGGAGCAGGUGAGUGCUUAUUCUGCUUACCUUCACGAUGCAGUCCUGCUUUAUGCUUCUGCUGUAAAGACAAUGUUGAAGAAAGGAAAGGAUUUUCGUGAUGGAAGGCAGCUUGUGAGCACUAUGAAAGGUGACAACCUGACUGAGUUCCAUGGAAUCACUGGACAAAUCAGGAUAGACGAGUUUGGAGAGAGGCAAGUGGAUUACUUGGUCCAUAUCCUAAAGAAAACUGGAGAUUCUUCUACUUUCAUUCCUUUUCUUCAUUACAACAGCCAUAGAAAAAUAAUCAGCCCCAUAGGAAACUUCUCCAAUGACAGCUGGCCCCAUGGGUCUCUUCCCAAAGACAAACCUGCCUGUGGCUUUUCUAAUGAACACUGUCAAUCUACAUUUAUAGGUGUCACCAUGAUAAUUGUGAUGACUCUCAUCAUCCUGUUCAGGGCGGAGAUUUCCCUGGCCCCAGAGAAGCCAGGAAGGGUUCAGACCUACUUUGCAAAAUCAUUUUACUACCCUGAAUCUUCCUUGCAGCACUCACAGAGGGGCACACCUGUGUCUAGAAGAAAUGAAAGCUGUAGCUCAAGCAUGAUAACUUCAAGCAAUCUGAACUCAGACUUCAAGGACAAGCAAGAAGAAGAAGCCUUCUAUACCACUGUGGGCCUUUACCAGGGCAAUCAUGUUGCCAUUCGAUAUAUUGAAAAUGAAAAGGAAUCCUGCUUUAGGAAGCCAUCUAUUCUGCGAGAAAUACAGCUGAUGUGUGAAUUAAAGCAUGAAAAUCUGGUUCCCUUCUUUGGUAUUUGCAGUGAGCCACCCAACAUCUGUCUUGUCAUUCAGUACUGCAGGAAAGGAAGUCUGAAGGAUGUUCUAAGAAAUUCUGACAUUGAAUUGGAUUGGAUAUUCAAGCUAUCUUUUGCAUAUGACAUAGUCAAUGGCAUGCUGUUUCUUCAUAAAAGCCCAUUGAACUCCCAUGGCAACCUGAAACCUUCCAACUGUUUAGUUGAUAGUAUAAUGCAGGUGAAGCUGUCUGGAUUUGGACUUUGGGAACUGAAGCAUGGAAGAAAGUCUAGACCAAAGAGUAGAGGAAAUACUGACUACUCAGAACUCUACUGGAUGGCCCCAGAGCUGCUACGGUUGGAGGAGCCUCCAGCUCACGGCACCCAGAAAGGAGAUGUUUAUAGUUUUGCUAUCUUAAUGAGGGAAAUAAUUUACAACAAUCUAUGUGGGCCCUUUGAAGACCUGAACAAGGAGGCUGAAGAAAUCAUCAAUACAAUCAAAGACCCUACUGCUGCUGUUCCCCUGAGACCAAAGCUGUCAAAGGAAAAGUGUAGUGAGAAAGUUGUAACCAUGUUGAGGACUUGCUGGGAUGAGUCUCCAGAGAAAAGACCAACAUUCUCCCAUGUCAAGAGAAUCUUAAGAGAAGCCAGCCCAGAAGGCCAUGUGAGCAUCCUGGACAGCAUGGUGAACAAGCUAGAAAAGUAUGCCAAUCAUUUGGAGGAGGUGGUGGAGGAGAGGACCACACAGCUACUGUCUGAGAAGAAAAAGAUAGACAAGCUUCUGUCUACCAUGUUGCCCAGCUUUAUUGGGGAGCAGCUUAUAGCUGGGAGAUCCGUGGAACCAGAACAUUUUGAUUCUGUGACCAUCUUUUUCUCUGACAUCGUUGGAUUUACAAAGCUAUGUUCUCUCAGCACCCCCCUGCAAGUUGUAGGUCUCCUCAAUGACCUGUACAGUCUAUUUGACAAUAUCGUUAAAACAUAUGAUGUUUAUAAGGUUGAAACCAUUGGUGAUGCCUACAUGGUUGCAAGUGGUCUACCCCUCCGCAAUGGAAUCCGACACGUGGAGGAAAUUGCUACAAUGUCACUGUACUUCCUCAGUGCCAUUGUCCAUUUCAAGAUUGAACACAUGCCAGAGGAAAAACUGAAGCUUCGGAUUGGCCUACAUACAGGUCCUGUAGUUGCUGGUGUGGUGGGGAUCACAAUGCCCAGAUACUGCCUAUUUGGAGAUACUGUGAACAUGGCAUCCAGGAUGGAAAGCAACAGCCUCCCUCUUCGGAUUCAUGUUUCUCAGACCACUGCCAGUGCCCUGAGGUCAAUUGGGGGGUAUGACCUGCAAGAACGAGGCACUAUUAAAGUAAAGGGCAAAGGAGAACAAACUACCUAUUGGCUAAAAGGAAAAGUUGGGCUUGCCAUAUCUCUGCCAGAGUUCACUGAAGAGAAUGAGUUCCAGAAACCCUUAGGGGAGCUUCUCCUUACCAGAGAUCCCUACGAGAAGAAAACAGAGAUCACCUAAAUAAAGCUUGGAAGGCGGUAUCUUUGAGAAGGUGCCUUCUCUCCUGGGUCAGCUGUGGAGAGGGCAGUUCCAUCUAAGGGACACAUCCCUCUCACCCAGUUUCUCUCACUUUGCACCAGAACAACAGAUUUUCAUAAUUGGCAGGAUACUUGGUGAGCUAAUUAUUGCUUUAGCAACUAAAGGAGGCAAGAUCCGUACCUGGUGCCAUGAUGGCUUUUAGCAAUGUCUGUCCAAUCUUGGCUAGUUUUUCAUUUAGGAAGCCAUGGUAUAGUGAGUAGAGCAUUGGAUUGGAAACAGU